AUGUCACGGAACCCUCCCCCACCCCCUAUGCAUGUUGAAACUACGACAUGGACAAGGGACUCUCAUGAGCUUUUCGACUACGAGAGCCGUAGCACUGCCAAGUCCAACUUCCAGGUUGUGGGCAAUGCGCGGUUCAUCAGACGAAAUGGGGAAGUCUCUAUGGAGCCUGACAGUACCGAUGUAGUGGAGCCAGCUGAGCCUACUGACUACCUCUUGAAGUGCGUCAAUUUUGAUACUAAAUACCUCAUACAACCAGCAGAGAAGCAGCCUGAAGGGUCUCGAUGGUCGGCAAAAAAGUUGUGGAUGGUUAUCAGAGAUCUCGGCCCAUACAGCAUGAGUGAAGGUGAUGUUGUGAAACUGGGCCGUUUCAAACUACGAGUUCGUCAACUAUGCUGCGAUGAAUCAGAAGAGCCAGUGAGACCCGACCUAAUGGGCCCAGAAUCUCAAUCCUCUAUGGGUACGUGUGCUCCCCCUGAAGCUGAUGGGAAACCAUGUCGGAUCUGUCUAUUAGAGGUAUGUCCAAACCGCUAA